UUUUGAUCUUUAUACGGUUUCUCUCGGUCGAGCGUAAACCCUCAAUUCGCGAGACGCCAGCUUCCACGAGGAAGGACCGAAAUCUCGAAGGAGGAGCUGCUGCUCGAGGACGGGACGAGCGGAUUGGGCGUCGAGGAAGAAUUCUCGAUUGCAGGUUGAAGGGGCUUCGAGGUUUCAGAGCGGUGGCGAAUUGAUUGAUUGAUUGAUUGACAGUUUUGCGUGAGGAGGAGGAUUCGAUGGGCCCGGAGAAUGAGCGAGAGGAGGAUGCGGAAGGGAAUGAGAAGCCGAAGAGCUUUAGGGAUCUUGGAGUCGUCGAUCAGUUGGCAGACGCUUGUGCCGCUCUGGGCUGGAAGGCUCCAUCUUCAAUUCAAGUCGACUCCAUUCCUCUUGCUCUUGCAGGCCGGGAUAUGAUUGGUCUUGCCCAGACAGGAUCUGGAAAAACUGGAGCAUUUGCUAUUCCUAUUUUGCAAGCCUUGCUUGAAAAACCACAAGCUCUUUUUGCCUGCAUUCUUUCUCCAACGAGGGAGUUGGCGAUUCAAAUUGCCGAGCAGUUUGAAGCGUUGGGAUCAGGCAUAGGAGUCAAGUGCGCUGUUGUGGUGGGUGGAGUCGAUAUGAUGGCACAGUCAAUAGCUUUAGCCAAGCGUCCCCACAUUGUGGUUGGAACUCCUGGACGACUCGUAGAUCACUUAACCAACACUAAAGGUUUUAGCCUUCGCACAAUAAAAUAUCUGGUGUUGGAUGAAGCUGACAGAUUAUUAAACUUAGAUUUUGAAGCUGAAAUAGACGAGAUUUUGAAAGUCAUUCCCAAGGACAGGAAGACUUAUUUAUUUUCAGCGACAAUGACCAGUAAGGUUGCCAAACUUCAGCGCGCGUGUCUUAGGAAUCCUGCCAAGGUCGAGGUCUCGUCAAAGUACUCAACAGUUGACACCCUGAAGCAAGAGUAUAUCUUCAUCCCAGCUAAAUUCAAGGACUGCUAUCUGGUGUUCAUCUUGAACGAGAUGGCAGGGAAUACUAUUAUGGUCUUCACCAGGACAUGUGAGAGCACACGAAGGCUUGCUUUAAUCCUCCGGAAUUUAGGCAUGGACGCUAUUCCAAUCAGUGGACAAAUGAGUCAGCCGAAAAGGUUAGGUGCCUUGAAUAAAUUUAAGGCAGGUGAGAGGAGUAUUUUGAUAUGCACGGACGUUGCGAGUAGAGGGUUGGAUAUUCCUUCAGUAGAUGCCGUCAUCAACUAUGACAUACCCACAAACUCUAAGGACUACAUACAUAGGGUUGGGCGGACAGCUCGUGCGGGAAGGUCAGGGCGCGCUGUGUCUAUGGUUACACAGUAUGAUGUUGAGCUUUAUCAGCGUAUUGAACAACUUAUUGAUAAGAAGCUGCCAGCAUUCAUGGCAGAUCAAGAGGAGGUUUUGCAGUUGGAGGAGCGUGUUAGUGAGGCUCAGAGACUUGCAGCAUUGCAUAUGCGCGAGAAGGACGCUGGGAAGGGAAAGAAAGGCAAGAGAAAAGGAGACUAUGAUGACGACAAUCAUGAGGGAGGAGGAUCUUAUGGAGGCCCCAAGAAGAAAAAAUUUGCGAAGUCUUCUAAACCAUCAAGAAAGUAGAAGUAGCGGUAGGCGUUAGAUCAGCCUGAGUUCAAUUUUGAUACACCAUAGCCCAUCUGUACCAUAUGGCAGGUUGCAAUGUCCGAUCUGCUGAGGAGACUGGUCAUCAACAUAGGGGAUUUGCUCGCGGAAUUCGUAACACCAUUCUCAGUAUUUUUUGAGAUUGGAUGUAAUUUUAUAUUUGUCUAACUGGAAGAAAUGUGAUACGGUCACUGUUUCCG